AUGGGACUGACUACCUCAGGCACCCGCCUUAAAAUUCGGAAAUACCCGACUUUCUCUUCCCUAGAAGAAGAGCGUGUAUAUCGAAAGCAGCAUCUUGCCGCAGCAUACCGUAUCUUCGCAAAGCGUGGAUUCGACGAGGGUGUCGCCGGUCACAUUUCAGUUCGCGAUCCUAUAUUGGAAGACCACUUCUGGCUGAAUCCAUUGUCAACACAUUUCUCUCAGAUCAAAGUUUCGGACUUGAUCUUAGUCAACGAACAAGGACAAGUGGUAGAGGGCGAUCAGCCUAUCAACGCUGCUGCGUUUGCUAUUCACAGCGCAGUGCACAGACGUCGACCAGAUGUGCAUGCAGCCUGUCAUGCACAUAGCGUGUACGGCAAGGCCUGGAGUGCGUUUGGACGAGAACUGGAUAUGUACACUCAAGACAGCUUGAGAUUCUAUAGGUCUCACGGUGUUUACGAACAGUUUGGGGGCGUGGUCUUGGAAGGGGACGAAGGUGACAGGAUCGCAGACGCUCUAGCAGAUGGCAAAGCAGCGAUUCUGCAGAACCAUGGCAUAUUGACUGUAGGCCAGAGCGUUGAUGAGGCGGCGUUCUGGUUCAUGAGUCUGGACAAAACAUGCCAGGCGCAAUUGCUCAUCGAUGCUGCAGCCGCUGGUAGCGGGCAUAAGCCAAAAGCCAUUCCUGACGAGGAGGCGGCACAGAGCUACAAGCAGGUGGGCACACCCGAAAAGGGGUGGCUUGCUUUCCAAGGAUACUACGACGAGAUACUUGCAAGCACUGGCGGUGACUUCCUGGAAUGA